UAGAAGUAUAGUAGUUGAGUGAUUGUUCGUAUAUUUGUAUUUAUUGUACAUAUAUGGUCAUGAAAAUACCACUUAUGAGAAAUUAAGAUACGAGAGCAAUAAAAUUACCUAUUUACAACGCUUGAUUAAUUAUUAAGUUUAAAGUGUUAUUUAGAAAAUUUGCACCAAGCUUUUUUUGUAACCAUAUUUGGGUGUCGCCCGGUUUAUGCUAAUCAGAGGUUAAACAAAUAAAUAAAGUCAUUUUCGUUGAACAUCUAACUAUAUUAAGAAAUAACAAUGCCAGUUUCUAAUAAGUAUAUUUUUGCUAGUCUACCAAGAACUCAAAGAGGUCAACCUAUAGUACUUGGAACAGAUCCAAAAGGCAAAAAUUUUUUGUAUGCUAACGGAAAUUCUGUUAUUAUCCGUAAUAUUGAUAAUCCAGCAAUAUCAGACGUGUAUACGGAACAUUCUUGUGCAGUAAAUGUUGCAAAAUAUUCACCAAGUGGUUUUUAUAUUGCAUCAGGGGAUCAAUCUGGUAAAAUUCGCAUAUGGGACACAGUAAAUAAGGAGCAUUUAUUAAAAAAUGAAUUCCAACCACUUGGUGGUCCAAUAAAGGAUAUUGCUUGGUCACCAGACAGUCAAAGAAUUGUAGUUGUUGGAGAAGGUAGAGAACGAUUUGGGCACGUUUUCCUUGCUGAUACUGGUACUUCAGUUGGCGAAAUAAGUGGUCAAUCAAAAGCGAUAAAUAGUGUAGAUUAUAGACCUUCUAGGCCAUUUAGAAUUGUAACAGGCAGUGAAGAUAAUACUAUUGGAGUUUUUGAAGGUCCACCGUUCAAAUUUAAGAUGACCAAAACAGAUCACACAAGAUAUGUACAGGCUAUAAAAUAUUCACCAAGCGGUAAUUUAUUCGCUUCAGGUGGUUUUGAUGGUAAAGUGUUCUUAUAUGACGGAACCUCAUCAGAAUUAGUUGGUGAAAUAGGUAGUCCGGCUCAUAAAGGCGGCAUUUAUGGUGUUGCGUGGAAACCAGAUGGCAGUCAAUUAUUAACAUGUUCUGGAGAUAAAACUUGUAAAUUGUGGAACGUAGAAACAAAGGAAUUAGUAACGGAAUUUAUUAUGGGUAAAGAUGUCGAAGAUCAGCAAGUAAGCUGCUUGUGGCAAGGUGAACAUUUGAUUUCUAUUUCAUUAUCUGGUAAAAUAAAUUAUUUAGAUGUCACUAAUCCUGAGAAACCACUUCGCAUUGUAAAGGGUCAUAAUAAACCUAUAACCGUCUUAGGUUUAAACGAAGAUAAAAGUUCCAUUUAUACAGCAAGUCAUGAUGGUAUUGUUAUAUUUUGGCAUCCUGAAACUGGAGUUAAUGAAAAAGUUGGUGGAAACGGUCAUGGUAAUCAAUUGAACGGUAUAGCUUCUUUUGAUAAUUUCAUAUACACGUGCGGUAUUGAUGAUUCAUUAAGGCAAAUUGAUGUGGAAACAAACACAUAUACUGAUGUAUCUGUAAAACUUGCCUCUCAACCUCGUGGUUUGGCAGUUCUUAAAUCACAAAAUAUAAUUGUUCUUGCAUGUCAAAAGCACAUUGUUGUUGUAAAAAAUAACCAAGUUGCAUCCACAUUGCCUUGUAAAUUUGAAUCAAAUUGUAUUUCAAUCAAUUCAGAGACAUUGGAAGUAGCAGUUGGUGCUGAUGAUCAAAAAUUAAGAAUUUAUGGAUUAAAUGAUACAACUUUAGAACAGAAACUUGAACUUGAGCAUUUAGGUGCAUUAACUGAUUGUCAGUAUUCACCAGAUAAUAAAUAUUUAGUUGCAUGCGAUGCAAACAGGAAAGUAAUAUUAUAUGAAGUUAGUGAAUAUAAAUUGGCUCAUAAUAAAGAAUGGGGUCUGCAUAAUGCCAAAGUAAAUCGUGUUGCAUGGUCACCAAAUUCAACAAUGGUUGCAAGUGGAUCAUUGGAUACAAAUAUUAUUGUAUGGUAUGUUAAUAAUCCGAGUAAACAUACAAUAUUGAAGAACGCUCAUCCUCAAUCUCAAAUUACUGGAUUGGUUUGGUUGAACGAUAGAACAAUUGUAUCUACUGGUCAAGAUUGUAAUACCAAAAUUUGGGAAAUCGAUGAAGAAUAAAAAAUUUAAUUUUUUAAUAAAAAUAAAAAUGUAUUUAUUGUAUUAUGUGUCCUAAUUAUGGACUUGUUCUGCUAAAAUUUUAUGUCAUUAUAAAACAAAAACAAAAAGAUACAAAAGAAAAAUAAAUAAAUUUAUAUGCGCAAUUUUUUCAUACAAAAAUAAAUUAUUA